AUGUACUGCCAUAAUUUCAUUGCAAAUUCUGUACAACUACAGAGAGAGGAGUACACAGCAUUAAUGCUGUAUCGAGUAGCAAAUGCCAAAGCUCCUGAUGUAGGUAAGCUUGAGGAAUAUCUAGAUCUAUCCGACCCGUAUCCCAUCGAGGAAAUCUCGUUUGUCGUAGAGAAUGCCGCUAAGAAUGAUUUGAUUCAGGGGAAUCGGGGUCGAUCUAUUUUUGAAUGUAGCUAG